CUCACGAGGAGAGCUGGCGGUCCCGGUCCAGUCCCGCCAAAUACGAUGCUGUAGGACGGGAAUUCAGAGAACUUUUCUGGGCUGAGGAAACAGCUUCUUCGUGGAUUUUGAGAAGCCGCGGGAUCCAGAAUCAGCGCAACCCUAACUUCAUGAAGUCUCCAUUAUGCCGCGCUCCCGCAGCCUCUGCGGCUUGGGCAGGUCACACCCCAGGUCCCAGGCCACUCCCUGGACACAGACCUCUGCCUAGGGUCCUGAAGACCGGCAAGUUACAAGCCGUUGUCUUUCUGCUACUGAGCAUCUUCGGCGGAGUGCUAGCUGAGCCAGUCCAUGAUCAACCAGCUGACCUCCCGAAUGUGCAGCAGAACACAUCAGGAAAACCAUGUCUACCAGGCUCCUACCUGUCAGAAGAGAAUGGUUGCAGGCCCUGCACGGAUGGUAUAGACUACACCAUUUCCUUCAACGCUGAGCCUUCGUGCAUAAAGUGCAGCACCUGUAAGACAGAUGAAGAUGAAAUAAGGAGAUGCAGCCCCACCCGGGACACGGAGUGUCAGUGCAAACCAGGCACCUUUAAAGAUGGAAACAACACUGAGUUCUGCCGGAAGUGCUCCGAGUGCACCGAUGAAGAGUCUGAAAAGACUUCCUGUACCCCGAACACAGACAGGAAAUGUGUCCCCAAGGACUCGCGACAUAACUUAGGCCUCAUCAUAGGGCUCCCAGGGCUGCUGCUGCUGCUGAUUAUUCUUGCAGUUGUAGUUGUCCGGACCAGGGCAUGGAAGCGUGCAUUGCAGUUCAUGAGAAGAUCCUGUCCGGGCCGUGAACAGUACUCUGAAAGUGCUGUGCCUCUCACGGAAGUGCGGACAUCCAGCCCAGAAAAUGACUCUCCUGCGUUGAAGGCCCCAGAGGAACCCGAGGAAGCUGCGGAUUCUCCAACAGAAGAUGAGUCGCUAGUUCUGGCAAAUGGAAUCAACCCAGUUGACGGACAGCCUCCUGCGGCAGAUGGACCUCACAGACAAUGAGAUUCAAGUGAUCAGGGCUGAAAGCCAGGCACCAGGAGAAGCCUUGUACCAAAUUCUGCUCGAGUGACUCAACCAGACAGGCCGGAGUGCUUCCAUCAAUGAUGUCCUGGAUGCCUUGAAAGCUGUGGAGGAGAGGUAUGCCCUGGACACAAUCCAAGACAAUGUAGUGAAAUCUGGAAAGUUCAUUUAUCAAAAAGCUACAGCAGAUCCAGGCAUGAUGACACUCAUCUUUGAUACCAGCACUGAGGAGACAGAGGCAGGAGCAUCUCUGUGAGUUCAAGUGUUCAGGACUGAGUAGAAGCCUGUCUGAAAAGAAGAAGAAGCUGCAUCAGGCCUAGUGUUACUGAAUUAAUUUUAUUUUUCCUUUCUGUAUUUAUCUGUAUUUAUUGUAUCGUAUUACUGUAUUGUUGUCGUACUAGAAGCUGGACCCAGAACCUCAUGAACACUAGGCAAGCAUUUGAACACUAAAAUGCAUCUCAAGCAUCCUGUCUUGAACUUCUAACUCCCAGGCAUCCAGAUUUCUCGCUUCCUCAAGUUGAGUUUGCUGGUUUUGACACAUAGGGAACAUAAAAAGCAUUAUCUGGGGUGACCCAUUCCCCACCCCCUUUUCUACCACUUGCUGGGGACUGAGUGGCAUCCUGGCUCCAAGUGCCUCUGAGAUCCCAGAGAAGCAACUUUUGUUUUGUUCCAUGGCCUAGAUUCUGCUUAGUUCGGGUUCCAGUCCUUCUUUACAUAUACUUGAUCUCUCUAGGUGUGUAUAGCUGGAUCUUUUAAACUUUACAACUCUAUAUUUGUUUGUUUUUGUCUUAGUGUUCGGGGUACCAGACAACUAUAUAGGUAUAUAUAAAUACUUACAUGUUUACAGGUAGGUGUCCCCAUGUGCAUAGAGACUUUGAGAACUGUAUCCACACUGAUGGAAAUGGCUGGUCCAUGAUCUGCCAUUUAUGAUGGGUAAUCUUAAUGAGAUUGAGAGGUGCUGGACCAAAGAGAUGACUCAGCAGAUAAAGGUGCUUGCCACUGAGCCUAAUGACCCAAGUUCUAUCCCAGAAACCACACGAUGGAAGGUGAGAACAGAUUCCUACGAGUUAUCCUCUGGCUCAUGAUGUGGCAUGAGCAUGAACGCAUACACACACACACACACACACACACUAAAUAAAUAAAUAAAUGUAUUUUUGGAAAUCCAAAUUGAGAGGUACCCAGGAGAUUGUAGUGCCCACAUUGGAUGUGUUUGUAAGGGCAUUUCCAGAGAGGGCUGACAUGUAGAACCGCAACUGAGAUGAAAGGGCUUGCUGUAAAUUGAGUAGCACCAUCCAACAGGCUAGGGGCAUGAAUGGAAUGAAAGAGGGAGGAGAAGGCAGCCGGCCAGUGUUCACAAGCUCCGUUCUUCACAACUUGUCUGCUGCUGCCACCAUCACCAGUGGACACCCUUCUCCAGCUUCUUUGACCUUUCCACGUGGACUCGGCAACACUCCAAGGAGUCUCGGACUGUCAACCUUGGUUUGGGAUAUCUUUGACUCCUCUUGUUUUGAGGCCCCAUUUCUUGGACUGAAAAGCUACAAGAUUUUGUGGUCCUAGGCAUGCAAGCCAAUUUCACGAGUGCUCUUUUAUAAUGCUAUACUGUUGGUUCUAAUUUGGACUUCCCAUCUACAGCCAAGGUGAGGAGAUGGAAGAUAGGUUAGGCUAGAGGUGCCCAAUCAGCUCAUCUGAGUCCUUCCUGGUAUCAAGGGAGAAGGGGGCAGAAGCUUGCCCUGGUGUCUGCAUGUCCUCAGGGAUGGUACGUAUGAAUGUGAAAUACUAGUAACUGAUGAAUUCUCAGUUCUGGUGAAUCUAGCCCUGGGGCACAGAAAUCCAUCCUUGAAGACCAUUGUACAAUAGUAAACACUGAUCUGUCAGUUCUUUGGGUUUUGGUUUUGAGUCUGGAUCUUGGCUGUGAAUCCCAGACUGCCUUCCUUCACAACUGCCCUGCCUCAGCCUCCUCAGAGCUGGAAUUACAAAUGGAUAGGUGUAUCACCGCAUCCAUAAAUCACUAUUUUUAAAACACUGUGAUAGGGAUUCUGGAGAACUGGCACAUUCUGAUUUUUGUCCUGUAUGAAUUCCUAUUCUGUUUUUAAAAACUAACUUGUUUCUGAGACAGAGUCUAUAUCCGUAUGUAGCCUUGGCUGACCUUGAACUCACUUUGUACACCAGGAUGGCCUUCAACUCAGGUCUGCCCACAGCUGCCUUCCAAGUUCUGGGAUCAAAUGGGUAUGCCACCAUACUUGGCCCUCACCUCCUUUUGUUAAUUUAAUAUUGUGAAUUUUUAUUUUCACUUAUGAGUGUUUUUCCUGCAUAUAUGUGUAUGAUAUGUGUGCCUGGUGCCCACGUAGCUCAGACAGCAGCAUCUGAUCACCUUGAACUGGAGUUACAGACGGUUUUGACUCCACUAUGUAGGUGCUUGGAAUCAAGCCCAAGUCUUCUGCAAGAGCGAGUGAUCCAAACCGCUGAACACCCUCCUUAAUUCCUCAUUAUUUCAGCCAUCCUGGCAAAACCACCUCCAACAGACUCCAGUUACAUAGCAUGACAGCACCUGGGGGUGGCUGUUCCCAGGUAUGCUGUAGUGUCUUGUUGCUGCGGCUUCAGGAGGGAGACCCCCCCCACACUUCUGAGUAGCCUCCGCAUCGGUGUUCAUUACGCUGGCAUUGUACAUCAGGGCUAGCUGGGCUCUGUAACCAGCCCCAGCCCCAGCAGUAGGUGUGUGUGCCACCCUCACAUCUGAUGCCCUUUCUUUGUCUCUCUUGGCAACGUGUUGGUAACAAAGCAAAACAAGGCAUGCCAUUAGGUACAAAAUACUCAUGUAUUAUGAAUUCAUGACCAAAUUAAAUAUGAAACCUUAUAUAAAAA